AUGAAGGAGGUGCUUCACUUGAAGACUGCUUGCCCUGUCCAGGGGGGAAAGACUGCAGCACUAGUGGGACGUCAGAGCUCCGGGACUGUCCAAUUUCUUAUUACUGCCCUGAAGGAUCCUCGAGGGUCAUUCCUUGCCCUGUCGGGACUUACAGGCCUCGUCUCGGAAGAUCAAUGCACCAAGUGCCCCCCAGGGAAAUUUUGCAGCAUGGCCAGCUCCUCAGCUCCAUCUGGCAACUGUGAGCCUGGUUUUGUGUGCUACGGCGGAGCAACAAUAGCAACACCUACUGAUGGAAUCACAGGAGCGCAGUGCCCCAGUGGAGGCUAUUGUCCUGCUGGAGCUGAAAGAGUGACCCCGUGCCCUGCUGGGUAUUACAAUUCACGACCUGGAGCGGGGUCCCCCUCUGAUUGCCUUGAAUGCCCUCCUGGCUUAUACUGUGACGGCACAGUGGUUAGCGACGGGGGCAUUACGGGCCCGUGCAAAGAGGGCUACUACUGCGAGGCAGGCUCAGCAACGGCAACAGCCAAUGAAGCCCCCAAGGGUUCAUAUGCUCCAGAAGGAAGCAGUACCUAUCUUCUUUGCAACCCAGGGACAUUCCAGAACGAAACUGGCAGUGCAGCCUGCUUGCCGUGUUUAGCAGGAACGUUCUGCCAGAGAUUGGUGAGUCCUAGACACUUGAAUGGCCUCCUGCGGCGCCCUUGA